ACAAAUCUGCGGCAACUGUGUGAUGCCAUCAUGUCAAUAUGGACCAAAAUCUCUGAGGAAUGUUUCCAGUACCUGGUUCUGAAGGCAAAAAGAGGAUCCAACUCGGUACCAGUAAGRUGUACUUCAUAAAGUGGCCGGUGAAUGUACAGUAUAUAAAUUUACAUAUACACACACACAGUGUGAGUCAAAAGACUCAGGACACCCAUUUAUUUCAGAAACAAAAAUAAAAUAUCUGAAUCUCCCAUCAAGUACUGGGUGAGGAGACCUAUCUGUUAGACUUUGUCCAGAUUAUUGCUGCCAUCUUGGAAGCCACCAUACUGGGUAAAAGUUUUUUUCCCCAACAGGAAGCUGGUCCUUUAGUAAACCAGAGAAGACCAGAAAAGUCUCAGAAAUUAAUUUCCUUUCAUGGUUCAAAAGUUCUCACCACAAAAAUCUGCAAGAACUGGGAACUUUGUUUUUGUAUGAUGUGUUCAAGGUGCUGUCCCUGGUGCUGAACAGUGUGUCUCAGGUUCAGCACCAGGGACAGAGACACCGAUCUGUCUGGAUCAGCAGACAUGCUGCACUGCUGUUGGAUCUGGGCUCCAUCAGAACAUGUGUUGUUCACAGAUCUGAUUGAAUAAUCAGGAUGGUUGGAGCUUGAAGGCAAAGAGGCUGAAUAUAUGAACAAACAUCACAUUUCAGUUUAUAUUUAGAUUUAUUUCAUAAAAGAUGUUUCCUUCCUUUUAUCUGCAUUAAUCUCAAGUAUUCUGUGGUAGUUCAUCACAUAAUCAACCUUAAAUUCAACACCUCAGCAGAAAGAAUAGAAAGAUUUACUGUCAAACUGUAAAACAGCUGUGGUCUGUCUGCUGCAGCUCAAACACUGAAUCAAAAGUCCACCUGUCCUUGGUCUCCCAGCAUCAAAUUAUUCUGUGUCACACAACUGCAUCACUUCACAUGCACACUACAACACACAGGUCUCAUUGUGUGAUUUAACACACAGAAGAUAAGAACGAACAUUAACCCUCCACACAACCUCUGUGAGUUGAAGGGUUCACUGAAUGCUUUGAGAAAAUCUGUCUUAUGAUUUAGGAAUAUUUGGAAUUAAUGUUUUUUAUCAUUCUUUGUUUGGACAUUUUUAACCCUCUGUUGGACCCACAAUGAGGUGGACUCAAGGAAUAAAGACAAACAAUCAGUAAAAAUCAAACGGGCAACAGAGUAAGAGACAUGAAGAGGACAUUGAAACAAUUCAGGACUAAUAAGAGUGAGGAAAGAGACAGAAUAAAGCAAGAAAUAAAGAGAAUAAUUCAGGCAGCUGGACUGAUUGGACAUGAUAACAGGUGAAUUAUUGACUUAGAGAAAACACAGAAGAGCUGACAGGGAGGAAAUGACACAGGGAGCACAAACAGUUCACAGGAAACAGAGAUGCUAACACCCUCCUGCUGUCCGCUGGUUAAAAUAAGCCACAAGGACUCCGUUUUAGUGAGUCUUUUUGACCCAAGGGCAGCAGGAGGGUUAAACAGAACAUUAAACAUUGGGGCUGAAAUCCUUUUUAUAUCUCAAAACUAUGACUUAGUUUAAAAUUAUACGGUCAUAAGAGUCAUAAUUUUAAGACAACAUAUUAAUGAGAUUAAUUCAAGAUUUUGAGAUUUCAUAAUUAUAAGAGAGCAUAAGUCAGCAUUUUAGGUAGGAACCUAUUUCCUUCCAGGUGCUGGAAAUAGUGUCUUAAAUGACUGAAUUUAACCAAAAUGAUCUGAAAUAUUAGGUUGUUGUUGUUUUUUUUGUCAAAUGUAAUAAGCAAACACCUUUCACUUAUACAGGUAAUAUCCAAACAGCAAGCAUAAAAGUAAUAAUCUGUUAAACUCCAUGAGUGGAAUGUUGUUUUUCAUGGUUUGAUGUUAAUUAUUAGUCUAAUAAAUAAAGUGCUGAAUCUGCCGGUGGUCACAGCUGACCAAAGUUCCCAGGUAACGUUCCAGUUUUAACCUCAUGUUGGUAGAAACGGUGUGGAAAACACCUCCAGCUGCAGGUGAAGCUGCAGAUCAGAGCAAGUUUCAGGUUCAACAGAGUCUUUUUUCUGAGGGAAGAGAUGGAGACGGUUUCAUCUGACAGAGUGACCAUCAACAACCCAGCAGACAUCACUGUCAUCGUUGGAUAUUUCCUCAUGGUUAUUGGUGUUGGAGUUUGGUCCAUGUUUCGGACCAACCGUGGGACGGUGGGAGGAUAUUUCCUGGCAGGACGCUCCAUGGCCUGGUGGGCAGUGGGUGCAUCUCUGUUUGCCAGUAAUAUCGGCAGCGGUCACUUUGUGGGUUUGGCUGGAACAGGAGCAGCUGCUGGCAUCGCUGUAGGAGGGUUUGAGUGGAACGCUCUGUUCAUCGUCUUGUUGCUGGGAUGGCUCUUUGUACCCGUGUACCUCACAGCUGGGGUGAUCACAAUGCCCCAGUACCUGAAGAAGCGGUUUGGUGGGAGCAGAAUCAGCCUCUAUCUGUCUGUGAUCUCCCUGUUCCUGUACAUUUUCACCAAGAUCUCAGUGGACAUGUUUUCAGGAGCUGUGUUUAUCCAGCAGGCGUUAGGCUGGAACAUCUAUGUGUCCGUCAUCGCUCUUCUCCUAAUUACAGCUCUGUACACCGUUACAGGUGGCCUUGCAGCUCUGAUGUAUACUGACACAUUUCAGACUUUUGUCAUCAUUGCUGGGGCUUUUGUCCUUUCUGGCGUCUCCUUUUCUAAAGUUGGAGGCUUUGGCGUUCUGAUGACCAAAUAUUUAUCCUCUAUGCCAAAAAACACCUCCUCCUUGGACCCCCAGUAUUAUAACAUCUCCACUUCGUGCUACACCCCCAGGCAUGAUGCCUUCCACUUGCUGAGGAACCCGACCACAGGGGACCUUCCCUGGCCUGGGGUGGUGUUUGGGAUGACAAUAGGGGGAAUCUGGUACUGGUGCUCGGACCAGGUGAUUGUACAGCGGUGUCUUGCAGCUCGUAGUCUCACCGAUGUGAAGGCCGGCUGCAUUGUGUGUGGCUACCUCAAACUGCUCCCGAUGUUCCUCAUGGUUUUCCCUGGAAUGAUCAGUAGAGUCCUCUAUCCAGAUGAGGUUGGUUGUGUGGUUCCUGAGGAAUGCCAGAGGAUUUGUGGAACUGAAGUGGGCUGUUCUAAUAUUGCUUAUCCUAAACUGGUGGUUACAGUCAUGCCUGACGGUCUGCGAGGCCUGAUGCUGGCUGUGAUGUUGGCUGCGCUCAUGUCCUCUUUGGCCUCUAUCUUUAACAGUAGCAGCACUUUGUUUACCAUGGACAUCUGGACCCGCUUCAGACCACAGGCUACUGAGCGUGAGCUCAUCGUUGUAGGCAGAGUCUGGGUUCUGUGCAUUGUAGCCAUCAGUAUCUGCUGGAUCCCAGUGGUUCAGGCCGCUCAGAGCGGUCAGCUGUUUGAUUACAUCCAAUCAGUCUCCUGCUAUCUGUCUCCCCCUAUUGCCUCUGUCUUUCUGCUGGCUGUGUUUGUCAAGAGGGUCAAUGAAACGGGGGCUUUCUGGGGCCUGAUAGGUGGUCUGGUGAUGGGUUUGUGUCGGAUGUUGCCUGAGUUUUGGUUUGGGACCGGCAGCUGCAUUUUCCCCUCUCACUGCCCUUUCCUGGUGUGUGGGAUCCAUUAUUUGCACUUCGCCAUCAUUCUGUUCUUCUGCACGUCAGUUCUGGUGUUGCUGGUCAGCUGCUGCACUGAGCCCAUAGACGAUCAAUAUCUCCAUCGUCUGGUGUUCAGUCUGCGUCACUCCAAAGAGGAGAGGAAAGACCUGGACUGGGAGCAGGUGGAGAACGAAAAGAGAGCUCAGAAGAAAGCCACAGAGAUGAGCGAGAGUAACAAUACAGUUACAGAAGCCAAAGAAGAAAAGUGUGGUGUCUGUCAUCGGCUCGGUGGUUUCUUUGGACUGGGUGGUGACUCACAGGUUCAUGACCAAGCAGAGCCUGAAGUCCCGGAGCCACAGAUGCCUGACAUCAGCGAGGCCCCGGUGUGGAAGAACACCGUAGACGCCAACGCUCUCAUCAUGAUGACUGUUGCAGUUUUUAUGUGGGGAUACUUUGCUUGACAAGGUCUGUUUCCUGAAAACACGUGACAAGUUUCAGUAAUGUACUUUAGAUUGAAUCACUUUAUUAAAAUACUGAAGUCAGCCUC